CGGAAGCUGCCAGACAGGAGGAUCUCUGUUACCUUGGCUACGGCGGAGAGGAAGGGAGAAAAGAGCGAGAAGGGCCGGUCCCUUCGCUUGUCGCGGAAGCAGCGCGGCUCGGCUAGGAGGGAUGGGACCGGACCGGGCCUAGCAGAGCAGCGACCGCCAUGAGCGGAGCAUUGGCCGGUGGGGAGGGAAGGAGCGGCGACUCCCCGACAGGCCGUUGGGCGGGAUGGAAGUGGCUGGCGCUGGGCCUGCUCUCCGCUUCUUCGGUGCUGGUGGCAGCCCCGACCGCUCAGGCCAUGAGCAGGGAGGAGAAGCGCCGCCUCGGGAGUCAAGUUUUGGAAAUGUUUGAUCAUGCCUAUAGUAAUUACAUGGAACAUGCCUACCCAGCUGAUGAACUCAUGCCUUUAACUUGCCGUGGAAGAAUUCGGGGUCAAGAACCAAGCCGUGGGGAUGUGGAUGAUGCUUUGGGAAAGUUUUCCCUAACACUGAUUGAUACUUUGGACACUCUUGUGGUAUUGAACAAAACCAAAGAGUUUGAGGAUGCUGUUAAAAAAGUGAUCAGAGAUGUUAAUUUGGACAAUGACAUAGUAGUAUCAGUGUUCGAGACAAACAUAAGAGUUCUUGGAGGGCUUCUAGGUGGGCACUCGGUAGCCAUCAUGCUGAAAGAAAAGGGCGAAGACAUGCAGUGGUACAACGGGGAACUUCUGCGCAUGGCAAAGCAAUUGGGCUACAAGCUCUUGCCAGCUUUUAACACCACUAGUGGACUGCCAUAUCCAAGAAUUAACUUAAAAUUUGGCAUAAGGAGUCCAGAGGCUCGAACGGGAACCGAGACUGACACGUGUACAGCUUGUGCGGGUACCUUGAUCCUGGAGUUUGCUGCUCUGAGCCGCUUCACAGGAGCAUCAGUAUUCGAGGAAUAUGCACGGAAGGCACUUGACUUUCUUUGGGAGAAAAGGCAGCGCAGCAGUAAUUUGGUGGGAGUCACCAUUAACAUUCAUACUGGUGACUGGGUCCGAAAAGAUAGUGGAGUUGGAGCUGGAAUAGAUUCAUAUUAUGAGUAUUUAUUAAAAGCCUAUGUCUUGCUUGGAGAUGACAGUUUCCUUGAAAGAUUUAACACACAUUAUGAUGCCAUAAUGAGAUAUAUUAGCCAGCCACCACUCCUGUUGGAUGUACACAUACACAAACCAAUGCUCAAUGCUCGGACCUGGAUGGAUUCUCUGCUAGCAUUUUUUCCAGGUUUGCAGGUGUUGAAAGGUGACAUUAGACCAGCUAUAGAAACUCAUGAGAUGCUGUACCAAGUGAUUAAAAAGCAUAACUUCCUUCCUGAGGCUUUCACAACUGAUUUCCGGGUUCAUUGGGCUCAGCAUCCUUUACGGCCUGAAUUCGCAGAGAGCACUUACUUUUUGUAUAAAGCCACGGGAGAUCCUUACUACCUGGAAGUAGGAAAAACUCUAAUUGAGAACUUAAAUAAAUACGCACGUGUACCUUGUGGAUUCGCUGCAAUGAAGGAUGUCCGUACUGGAAGUCAUGAAGACAGAAUGGAUUCUUUCUUCCUGGCGGAGAUGUUUAAAUACUUGUACCUGCUGUUUGCUGAUAAGGAAGAUCUGACUUUUGAUAUAGAAGACUACGUCUUUACUACUGAGGCUCAUUUGCUACCUCUCUGGUUGUCUACCACAAACCAAACAGCCCCUAGGAAAAAUAUUACUACAGAAUACACAGAACUGGAUGAUAGUAACUUUGACUGGACAUGCCCCAACACCCAGAUUCUUUUUCCAAAUGACCCCAUGUAUGCUCAGAGCAUCAGAGAACCUCUGAAAAAUGUGGUAGACAAGAGCUGUCCUAGGGGUGUAUCCCGAGCGGAGGAGAGCUCAGGCAGUGGACCAAAGCCACCCCUGAGAGCUAGGGAUUUCAUGGCCAGCAAUCCUGAACAUUUGGAAAUACUGAAGAAGAUGGGAGUCAGCUUGAUUCACCUCAAAGAUGGACGAGUCCAGCUGGUGCAACACGCUAUCCAAGCAGCAAGCGCGGUCGAUGCGGAAGAUGGUCUGAGGUUCAUGCAAGAAAUGAUUGAACUGUCCAGUCAGCAGCAAAAAGAACAGCAGCUACCUCCGCGUGCAGUUCAGAUUGUUUCCCACCCAUUCUUUGGCCAGAGUGAAAUGUUGGACUAGCUGGGCUCCUGCACAGUGCUCUGGAAAUUUGUAGACUUGUCCAAACACAAAUACAGGUCGCUAGGAUUUGUUGCGGUCAGUAAACCUUAUAAUGGAUGCUCUGAGAUCACCAAUCCUGAAGCUCUGAAGGAGAAAAUUGCUUUGAUGCAAAGAGGACAGUGCAUGUUUGCUGAAAAGGCCCGGAACAUCCAAAAAGCUGGGGCCAUAGGCGGCAUCGUUAUCGAUGACAACGAGGGAAGCAGCAGCGACACAGCCCCUCUCUUCCAAAUGGCCGGAGAUGGCAAGAACACCGAUGACAUCACAAUCCCCAUGCUGUUUCUGUUCCACAAGGAGGGCAGUAUUAUCCUUGACGCCAUCCAGGAGUACGAAGCUGUCGAAGUGCUGCUGUCUGAUAAAGCGAAAGACAGAGCAACUAUAUUUAAAGAUAAAAUGAUUCCAAACUACAUUAUUGAUAGCAAUUUGGAAAUGGAAGGCAUGGAUCAGAAGUCGUCUGAUAAUGAUUCCCAUAAUCAGAGGUCAGAAGACAUCUCAACAGAUCUGGUCAGUCACCAUUCUGGAGGAGGAGGAGGAAGAGGAGAUGGCUUGAGUUUGCCUGCAGAAUCAAGUGAAAAUGGUCUUUCUCUUGAAAACCAGGAUUCUUGUAUCCCCAAACCCGAGGAAUCUGAUAGCAGUCAGAUUUCAGAACUAGACAAUUACCCUGAGGAACCAUCAAAGACAGAGUCAGACUCCAGUCCCAGUGGUUCCUGGGAUAAUAAAGGCCAGUCUAUGGAAUCAAUAUUAGCAGAUUGGAAUGAAGACAUAGAAGCUUUUGAAAUGAUGGAAAAGGAUGAACUAUAACUUCAAAUAACUUUCUCGUGGGACUAGACAACAGCGAACUCUGGAGGACAGCAGGACCCUGAUAUCUGAAAAAUGAAAAGAAUCGUUCAGUAUUUUGAUUAGCAGCCAGGUUUUAUCGGCAAAAGCCAGCAUGUGUUAAUAUUUUUUUAAUUUUUCCUGGUUUUUUUUUAAAUGGGAAUGUGCAAUUGACCCAUUUUGCAGGGUUCCUUUGCAUGGUGCUGUAACGCAGGAGGUUCGUUCAGGGAAUGAUUCGGCUUCCUCCUGGGUUUCAGGUUGCUGUGAGGUAGCUUGCCUUAGCCAUGGAAGACAACAAAGAAGGAAUGCAAUGGAAUUAAUGCGCCUCUGGGUCCGGAACGGCUAGUUGGGGCCACAACAUUCUGUCUCACGAGAGCCGCAGGCGGGCUGCUGGGAAGGUGCCAUUUGAAGGGGUUGGUGUUGUGUCUCAUUUAGAGCCUUCUUGGAUACCUGAUCGAGGGUACUUCGAGUGGUUGUGCCUUUUAAUUAUGAGAGCAGAACAACAGGCAGCUGCAAUUUGCCCCGUGCCACUUAAUAUGGCAGGUGUGCUGUACCUGUGUAUCACUUCUUCCAUUUGUUGCUUUGAGAAAUGACCAAGACAGCUUGGACUUUUUUUGUUGUCGUUGAGUUCUGAGUACAAGUCAAGAUAGCCUAUAAACCAAAGGUAAUGAGCUCUGUUAGCUAGAAGGAAAUCCACAGAUAAUUCUGAAACUUGAAUCUGGGUAAUGGGGCCACUGCUCUCCCAUCCCUCUUGGAUUUUGGAACGUCCAUAUUAAAUACUAAGCUAAAAAUCAGCCAAAAUUAAUGCUGUAGGAAGGUUAGUAAAUCGGUUAGUGUUUAGGACAGAAUGACUUUCAUCUUGUUUGCCAUUUUUUUUUAUUUAGCCUGACCUCAGUACCACUCUUGCUCCUGUUCAUAAUGUGUGUCUUUCCCUCUCUCCAGAAAAGGCCAGUAUCUUGGUAACAGUCUUGCCUGGAAGUAGCGGGUCUAUGCUAUGGUAUGAGUUUUAGGACAUAGAUUCUUUUAGAACUGCAAGAGGUUUCAAUACGAUAACCACCAUUUUUCUCAAAUGUCUUAUUUAAAAUUAGGAUACUUAAAAAAGAACUUGACUGUAGCAGCAGCCACCGCCACAAAAAAAAGCAAAUGGCGUUAAUGCGUUUGCAUCUCUUGCAAGUCUGCUAGGCGUUAUUUAUAUCCAGUCUUAAUUAUUUUCAUUUGGGUUGUUUUAAGCUUCUUUCUGCUGAGUGGGCGUGUUUUGAAUUACAAAAUCGACUUGGCCCUCUCUUGUGUACUGUGCCAGACUUGGCCACUUUACGUGUAGUUAAUUUUAGUGGAAAGUUAGCAUUAUGAGAGGCAGGGUAUAAGCAGAGGGACAGCCUCGACUAUCGCAGGGACCGGUUGGGGCAGUUUCACCCACUAUGCGAUUCUUGUUAGAAGAGGACAGGUUUGGGAGGACCGUAAGGGCAUCUUCCACUGUAGUGCUUUACUCCUCAUGAGAAGUGAAUGGCAAGCUGGAUGCCUGGGAGAAAAGGGCUACAUCUACAUUUUGCCAAUGGCUGGGGUACAGAAUAAUUUUGACUUCCUUCCUAUCUGAGUGCUAGUUGGUGUAUGUCUGGUCAUGCUAGUAUGCAUUAGGCUUUUAUGUUUGUGAUUUUUUAAAAAAAUCUGCAGACUGAAGGACCUACGGUUGUUUUGCUGGCAAACACUUACUCAUGUAAUCUAAGGCAAGUUCUAAUAUAGAAAGGAACAGGUGCGUGAAACAUAUUUUCAAAUGUACAGGCACUUCUCUGACAGCAUAUUACGCAGCUGAAGAGACCAUGCUACAGACGUAGGUGAAUCUUCGAGGACUAGUGAAUAAGUGUCCUUCUAAUUUUUUUUUUCAAAUGUUUUCAUUUUUUUUGCACACAAGUUAAAAAAGGGGAGGACUGAAUUACGUUCAUGCUUGAUUUGUAUAGAGCAAGAGAGAUUCCUUCAGGGAAUGUAGAAGCCUCUCUCUGAAGUGUCCUUUGCUAAAUUUGGACCCAGAUCCAGAGGGGUGUGUGUGUGUGUGUUUUGGCCACAUGUCUGCAAUGAGGUUGAGUCUACAAAAUGCAACCUUUUUAAUGUUGGAUUUGUUAAAAGCAAAUGGGAUUAAUUACUGUCUAAGGGCUAGGGCCACUCGAGCAAGUAGUAAUAUAUUAACUGUAAUCUAAGCCAUCUCACUCCAUUAAGGCACUAUUUUGUUUAUUCGGUAACUCUGGUUAAAAUGGUUCUCUUGUCAUUACAUCGUCUCAAAAUAUCUCGCAUAGAAUUAAACCUGCUUUACACAGCUACUGCUAAAGAUUUUGUCCUUUCCUACAGAUAAAUGAAGAGUUUUGCACUACCUGUUAGGGCUUGCUUAUAGUCCAUAACCUAAAAUCCAUAUUAUACAUUUGAUGUUAAAAAUUUGCAAAAUGGUUUGCAUUCUCCUUGUGGAUCCAGGGGUUCUUUGAAAGGAGUAUCUCAAAGGUGGUGGUCUACCUCAGAUAUAAGUUGCCCUUUUUAUAUCUUAGUUGAAGUUCUUCAUCACAGCCAUAAGCACCUUUGAUGGCAAAGACAAUAGGUUUACAUUGUAUCAACUGGAUUUGGAAACUAGUUUUUGGAGAGACGAGUUACCUACUUAUGAGUUACUAUCUUCAUAUCAUCAUGGAAGCCCUCCUUUGAAUAAGCAUUCAUGUACCUGGCAGGAGAGGCCCAUACAUUUCUUCAGCCCAAUGGAGAAAGAACUGUAGGAGCUGGCACAAUAGCAGGUCGACCGCUGGCCAGGAUUUCUCUGUUGUUGUUCUACCUGAAUUCCUCCUAUAAUUUGGAGACAAAUAGCUGGCUUGGAAGAAGAGCUGGGUAGAGAUUACCCUUUCCAUCAGGACCAUGGAGGAGACAUUCUGUGAAUGCAUACAUACAUCCAGAUUUUAUAAGACUUUUUACCAGCCCAAUUUACAGCUGUCUAUUUUCUUAUGAUGUAAUUUAUGAAAAAUGUAAUAAGGGGUGCUGUAACACUACUGUUGGUGGGUUUUAGCGUCUGGUGAUUUUAAGUGUGUACCAUAUUUCUAAGGGCAACUGUGUACUGUGAUGUAAAAGUAUGGGCUAAAAGUGUACAUAGUGCUUGUAUAUAAAAUUGUGUACUUGAUUAUAAUUGCUGAUUGUAAAGAUUUAAUAAAAUGUGUAAAUAUUCUGGUCA